UCAAUACAGUGACAUAUGACCCUGUGUGGUCAUUCAGAGAGGAACUUGGGAAGAGCUUGGUUUCAGGGACAGUGACUUUAAGGAGCUCAAUCUGUAGUUCCCCUUCUGCAGCACACCUGAGCCCUGCUCAGAAUGCUGCUAAAUUGAGUCUGCAGAGUUCUGUGAUUUCUUCAUCUUCUCUCUGUGAGAAGGCUUCAGUGCAGUCUCUGACUGGCAUCAUUACUUGUCUACACUGCACUAAGCAGCUGAAGAAGAGAGGGAUUCUGUGCAUCUAUCUCUUCUCUCACUCUCAUUGUUUUCAUUGCAUCUGUAACAAUGACUUCUAUCUCUCU